AUGGGGGUGGCUCAGCUGACCGCUCUCCUGGCUUUGGUGACCAUGCCCAGGGCCCAGGCGGUGUGGCUGGGGAGACUGGAUCCCAAGCAGCUGCUGGGUCCCUGGUAUAUCCUCGCUGUGGCCUCCCGAGAGAAGAGCUUCAUGCUGGAGAAGGACACGAGGAACGUGGAGGGUGUGGUGGUGACGCUCAGCGCCAAGAACAGGCUGGAGCUGCUGUCCUCUCGGCACGGGCUGGAGGGCUGCAGCCAGAGCACGGUGGAGCUGCAGCGGCGGGACUCGGGAUGGGUGUUCCACAACCCCCCUCUGGGCGUGCUGGAGUACCGGGUGCUGGGCACUAAUUUCAGAGACUACGCGGUUGUCUUCACGCAGCUGGAGUUCGGGGAUGAAGCCUUCAACACUGUGGAGUUGUACAGUCGGACAAAGACAGCCAGUGAGGAGGCCCUGCGGCUGUUCACCAAGUGGAGCAAGGGCCUGGGCUUCUGGUCCCAGCAGCAGACCCAGCUGCAGAGGGACUUCACUUGUGCACACAGGAUCCUCCAGUGAGCAUAGCGGCAAAGGUGCCAGGCGAGGAGAUGGUAUCCCGCUGGCUGCUCCCGCAGGC